AUGGCGACUGUGCGUAUUUGCGUGUGCGGCGAUGAAUCCACGGGGAAGUCCAGUCUCAUUGCGUCUCUCGUCAAGGACCAGUUCAUGACCAACAAGAUCCAACCCGUUCUUCCCCAGAUCACCAUUCCACCGAGUAUAGGCACUCCCGAGAGUGUCACCACCAUCAUUGUCGACACGUCGGCGCGCCCGCAAGAUCGCACGACCUUGCGCAAGGAAAUACGAAAAUGCAACAUCAUACUCCUGGUAUAUGCCGACCACUACAGCUAUGAGCGCGUCGCUCUCUUCUGGAUGCCGUACUUCCGGUCCCUGGGCGUCAAUGUGCCGGUCGUACUCUGCGCCAACAAGUCCGACCUCGUAGGCCAAGGCCCCACGCCCCAGGUUGUGGAGGAAGAGAUGAUGCCAGUGAUGGCAGAGUUCCGAGAGAUCGACUCUUGCAUUCGAACAAGCGCCCGAGAGCAUCGGAACGUCAACGAAGUGUUCUUUCUCUGCCAAAAGGCCGUCACGCAUCCCAUCGCGCCACUAUACGACUACAAAGAGGGAGUACUCAAGCCUGCCUGUGUGGCGGCUUUGAAAAGAAUAUUCUAUCUGUGUGAUAAGGACCAGGAUGGCUACCUCAACGACGAGGAAAUGCGCGCCUUUCAGUCAAAGUGCUUCGACAAACCCUUGACCGAUGACGACCUGGCAAACAUCAAGACCUCGAUCUCGAAAACCUCCCCUCCCUCCAACACAGAGCCUGGGAUCGACCAGGCUGGCUUCUUGCAGCUCAACAAGAUCUAUGCCGAGAAGGGCCGACACGAGACCAUAUGGAUCAUCCUUCGGAAAUACCACUACACCAACAGCCUGAGCCUCGACGAGAAGUUCUUGCAUCCUAAGCUCGACGUUCCCGACUUUUCAUCGGCAGAAUUGAGCCCCGCUGGUUACCGGUUCUUCGUCGACCUUUUCCUGCUCUUUGACAAGGAUAACGAUGGAGGUCUUAGUGAUGAUGAGCUGCGUGCUCUCUUUGCGCCAACAACUGGCCUGCCCCUUUUCUGGGUCGAAUCGCUCUUCCCGUCAUCCACAGUCCGCAAUGACGCUGGCCAUGUGACCUUGCAAGGUUGGCUGGCCCAGUGGAGCAUGACAACCUUCCUCGAGCCAAAGACCACUAUUGAAUACCUGGCCUACCUCGGAUUCGAGCCGCCGAAUCCAAAGGAGUCACUGACUGCGGCGCUCAAGAUCACAAAGUCUCGCAAGAGGCGGAGGCGUCCUGGACGCGUGGAGCGGAACGUGGUCAUGUGCUACGUCCUAGGCGCUCCCGGCUCAGGCAAAUCGUCCUUGCUCAAUGCCUUCCUCAACAGACCGUAUGAGCCCUUGCACUAUCCUACCAUCAAGCCGCGCCGCGCCGUGAACAGCGUCGAACUUCCUGGGGGUCGCCAAGUAUAUCUCAUCCUCGAGGAGCUCGGCGAGCUCGAGCCAGCGAUUCUGGAGAACAAGACCAGGCUGGAUGCUUGCGACCUCCUCUGUUACGCAUACGACUCCUCCGACCCCGACUCCUUUUCGCACAUUGUCGAAAUGCGCGCUAAGCACCCGCAUCUGGAUGAGCUGCCAUCCAUCUACACCGGCCUCAAGGCAGACAAGGACAAGACAACUCAGCGCAGCGAGCUGCAGCCCGACGAGUACACGGCCUCGCUCAACAUGAGCCACCCACUACACGUCAGCGUGACCUGGAACAGCAUCAGCGAGCUUUUUGUGGCGUUGGCUGACGCGGCAACCAACCCGAGCAGUGCGUUCCCCAAGACCGAGGAAGACGCCACAGACCGGACAAGCCUGUACAUGGCUCUUGGUGCCACCGCGUGUGCAGGCGUUGCCGCGUUGAUGAUCUGGCGCCGUUCGACCAACUCGGCAUGA